ACCCUGGGAGACAGAGAUUGUAGUGAGCUACUGCAUGCUAGCCUGCUCAAAAACAAAAGAAAAGAAAAACAUAUUUCUGUGUGAAAAUGAAGUCAGGAUGUACAUAGUGAAAAGGAAGGGAGAAGAAACAUGGGGAGAAAAUGGGGACAGAGACACAAAGUGAAUAAAUCUGUUAUGCUGAAUUCAAAAGACAAGGAAGCAAAAACAUGAUUAUUAUAAAACAGUACUGGGAAGAAUGGGGGUGGGGAGGGUACAGGGAAUGGUCGAAUCAGGAUCCAGAGAUAGGGUUUGGAAAUAAACCCAUCUGAUGAGGUUCUGUUUAAUGGGGGUAGACUCCCCUGUGUGGUCUCUGCGGCCCCUUCCAGCUCCCAGUGCAGACUGAAUGAGAGGGCCAAGCCUCAGGGACCCUGGGUGGCAAAUAAUCCCAAAGGCUGCUUCAGCACCUGGCUCCAGGAGGAUGACCUUCCUCCCAUUUCUUUAAUUAAAGGGGGAACAAUCCAGGCAUUUGGGAGUCUAUCAGUUUGGGACCUGUGUUGUGGGAUGAACUGGUGGCAUGCCCUGAGGGGUGUUCAACAUCUCAGAUUGUUGUUGGGGAGGGAUCUUGGGCCUCAGUAUCCCCGUUGGUAAAUGGGGCUGGGAAUCGGGUGACUUUAUGGCACUUUCAGCUCUCAUCUUCCGCUGCCUUCCAAAUCAUUACUGUGAGAAGCUGGUCGAGAUGACCACUAUAUGACCCAGUGUUAAUGACCAUGUGUUACUGUGCCCCCCAUCUGUCUUUGCAGUGCUGUUGGGGAUUUCCAGGUGGAUGACAAGACCAAAGCCUUACUCAAGUACACUGGGGAGGUGACUUGGAUGCCUCCUGCCAUCUUUAAGAGCUCCUGCAAAAUUGACGUUACCUACUUCCCGUUUGAUUACCAAAACUGCACCAUGAAGUUCGGUUCCUGGUCCUACGACAAGGCGAAAAUCGAUCUGGUCCUGAUCGGCUCCUCCAUGAACCUCAAGGACUACUGGGAGAGCGGCGAGUGGGCCAUCAUCAAAGCCCCGGGCUACAAACAUGACAUCAAGUACAACUGCUGCGAGGAGAUCUACCCCGACAUCACAUACUCGCUGUACAUCCGGCGCCUGCCCUUGUUCUACACCAUCAACCUCAUCAUCCCCUGCCUGCUCAUCUCCUUCCUCACUGUGCUCGUCUUCUACCUGCCCUCCGACUGCGGCGAGAAGGUGACCCUGUGCAUUUCCGUCCUCCUUUCCCUGACAGUGUUUCUCCUGGUGAUCACUGAGACCAUCCCUUCCACCUCGCUAGUCAUCCCCCUGAUUGGAGAGUACCUCCUGUUCACCAUGAUUUUCGUAACCCUGUCCAUCGUCAUCACUGUCUUCGUGCUCAACGUGCACUACAGAACCCCGACUACACACACAAUGCCCUCAUGGGUGAAGACCGUAUUCUUGAACCUGCUCCCCAGGGUCAUGUUCAUGACCAGGCCAACAAGCAACGAGGGCAACGCUCAGAAGCCAAGGCCCCUCUCUGGUGCUGAGCUCUCAAAUCUGAAUUGCUUCAGCCAUGCAGAGUCCAAAGGCUGCAAGGAGGGCUACCCCUGCCAGGACAGGAUGUGUGGUUACUGCCACCACCGCAGGAUAAAAAUCUCCAAUUUCAGUGCUAACCUCACAAGAAGCUCUAGUUCUGAAUCUGUUGAUGCUGUGCUGUCCCUCUCUGCUUUGUCACCAGAAAUCAAAGAAGCCAUCCAAAGUGUCAAGUAUAUUGCUGAAAAUAUGAAAGCACAAAAUGAAGCCAAAGAGGUAAGGAUAUGGCUCUUAUUAUAUUGAUCAUUCAUUCAUUCA